UCUCCAUCCUCACCAUCUCCGCAUCUCCCUCACUUUCUGUUGUAUAUACUCGCUCGCCGACUUCUCGGCCCUUGCUCUUCCGCCCCGUCGCAAUCUCCCUCUCCGACGGCGGUGACGCCGGCGAUCUCCAAGCUCCACUCGCUCACUACCUCUCAAAUAUUCUCCUGCGAGUUCAUAUCGUCGCCACUCCGUACCCUAACCCUAGCCCUCUUCUGCUCUUCAAAACCCUACAAUUGCCACCGAAAACCUUGCUCAUCCGCUCCCCUAGGUCACACCUGGGUCCCCUCUAUCCCCCGAUCCCUACUUCCCCUAUUGCUGCUUUGCUGAUAUUAUACGCGCAACUCGCUGCUGGGGAUCUGAUCGAACGUGUCGAUCUGUAGAAUGGAAGCUAAGGAUUCGCCAGCCUCUCCCUCGGCCGCGGCAGCUCUAGCCGGGACCACGGAUGGGCCUGCCAACGACGAAGGGAAUCUCUCCGAUGCCAAAGGGCUUGCCAAGGAAGCUGCUUUCUUGUUCCAGAACCGGCGGUUCCAGGAGUGCGUUGAAGUAUUGAGCCAGAUUUUUGAUAAAAAGAGGGGCGAUGCGAAGGUUCUUCAUAACAUUGCUGUUGCAGAAUACUUUCGAGAUGGUUGCACUGAUCCUAGGAAUCUCCUUGAUGCAUUAAACAAGGUUAAAGAGCAAAGUGAAGAGCUUGCGCAUACUUGUGUGAACCAGACCGACUCUGAGAAUAGCUGCCUAGGCUAUAUGGUUUCAGGGUCUAAAGCUAAUAGUGCUUCAAUUCAUCAAAGUGCUGCUAUAAAUAGCAGUAGAGUUGUCUAUGCCCAAGAGUUUGAUGUUUCAGUAACAAUGCUGAAUAUUGCAAUCAUUCUCUACCAUAUCCAUGAGUAUGCACAGUCAUUAUCUGUUCUCAAAAAGCUGUUCCAGAAUAUCGAGCCAAUUGAAGAGCAAAUAGCUCUCCGUGUAUGCCUUCUUCUACUGGAUGUUGCAUUAGCUUGUGAAGAUAUUUUACAAGUCUCAGAUGUCAUUCAGUAUCUGGAAAAAUCUUUGGGUAUUGCUCGUGCUAUUGGACAACUAGAUAGUGGUAGCAGCACUCAACAACAGUCUAACCAAGUACUGAAAUUUUCAAUUACGAGCAAUGUCACUGCUCCAGAUGCCUCUACGGAUUCAACUAAUGGAAAUGCUUCCGAAAAUGCUUUGGGAAGAACUUUACCUGAUGAGAGUUUGGAAUAUGAGACUUUAUAUUCGACACUGGAUACUGGUAGCGAAAACAUGGAGAGGCCCAUUUCAAAUGACAAUUUGAUGUUGUCACCUGAUCAAGAAGCUUCUGCUAUCGACCUUAAGCUAAAUUUGCAUCUUUACAAGGUUCAAUUGCUGCUUCUUGCAAGAAACCCGAAGGCUGCAAAGCGUGAAAUCAAGCUUGCUAUGAACAUAGCACGGUUUAGAGAUUCAUCGACAACACUUCUUUUGAAAUCUCAAUUGGAGUAUGCUCGUGGCAACCAUCGGAAAGCUAUAAAACUUUUGACAACAACAUCCAAUAACAGGUCUGAUCAAGGAAUGCUUUGUAUGUUCAACAACAAUAUGGGAUGCAUUUAUCAACAACUCGGCAAAUAUCACAUUUCAAGUUUGUUUUUCUCCAAGGCUUUGAAAUGUAAUGCCGCUAUUCAAUCUGAGAAGUCUCUGAAACUUUCCACCUUCUCUCAAGAAAAGUCACUAUUCAUAUUGUAUAAUUGUGGUUUGCAAUACCUACUUUGUGGUAGACCAUUGGUUGCAGCUCAAUGUUUUGACAAGUCCAAACCAAUAUUUUACACCAGACCCAUUCUAUGGCUUCGGUUUGCGGAAUGUUGCUUGUCAGUGCUGGAGAAAGGUCUUCUAGGAAAGUGUGGUUCUUCAUCAUCAGAGGGUGAAGUGGUUAAGGUUCAUGUAGCUGGAUCAGGCAAGUGGAGGCACUUGGUGAUCGAUGAUCUGAGCUCCACAAAUAGAUACCGUAAGUGCUCGGGAGAGGAUGGUGUAGUCAUUCCAGAUGGAAAACUUAGACUUACACUCCCUUUUGCGCGCCGGUGUUUACUCAAUGCUCUUUAUUUGUUGGAUUGUACUGAAAAGUCACAGCCAACUGCAACUCUAUCAAGUCAAGAAGAGUCCAAUCAGCCAACCUCUGCCAGUGCCAAGUAUAUGAGCCAGAAGAAUGCGGUGACAAGUGAUUCUAAGGCAUCUAAUGUAGCAUCUGCCUCCAUACCCACGACUAAUGGUGAACUUAGAGAAACUAAGGGGGGUACGCUCUCAAAUAUGACAUUACAAAGCUCUAUUUCGUUGCCUGAGGAAAUGUGUAGGAAGGAAAGAAACAUGAUAAGGCAGGCUGUCCUGGCCAACUUAGCAUAUGUGGAGCUGAGUUUAGGAAAUCCAGUGCGAGCAUUAUCUGCUGCAAAAGAAAUUCUGCAACUGCCAGAUUGCUCCAAAAUGUACAUAUUUCUAGGCCAUGUAUAUGCUGCAGAAGCACUUUGCUGUCUGAAUCGAGUCAGAGAAGCAGUUGAGCAUUUGUCCAUUUAUGUUUCAGAAAAGAAUGAAGUUCAGUUGCCUUACAGUGAAGAAGACACGGAGAAGUGGAGAAUAGAUAAGAGCGGGGAUGCAUAUGAGUAUGCUGGUACUCAUAAUGGGAAAAGUGCUGAAGUCCAAGGCAUGAUCUUUCUGAAGCCUGAAGCAGCUCGUGGAGCGCUCUAUGUAAAUCUAGCUGCAUUGGCUGCAAUACAGGGAAAUGCUGAGCAAGCCGAUAUGUUUGUGAACAAAGCCCUGAGUGCACUGCCCGAUAAUCAUAGAGCUGUGCUCGGUGCCAUCUAUGUUGACCUCCUACUGAGGAGAACACACAAUGCUGUAGUUAAGUUGAGACAGUGUAGGCAUGUCAGAUUCUUUCCUGCUCAUCUAACGAGCAGCUCAUGAUUGUACCAAUCCUUAGCUUGAUUAUGUUACCCUAAUCCUAAUGGAACGUUUGCUAGAUGAGAAUUUUGGGUUAUAUGAUACAACCAUACAAACAUUACUUUGUAGAAUAAGCUUUGCUGUUUAGGAUUUGGUAGCCCACCACAGUCUUCUGUUCCUAAUCACAUUCAUUUUUUGUUUGUUUUCUGAUGUGAAAGGUUAUUCCGUUGCUAGUACUGAUAUUGUAGUUCCUCUCAGACUAUUGUAUGAGGCCCGGUGUGAACUUGUGGGCAAAAAAUUAGUUUUGUAUUAUGUCAUGAAUAAUCUAUCUAGCAUUAUUUUUUUA